AUCCCUCAGACUUCCGGGUUUGAGCUGUGGUCAUUCAUUACUGCUAAAUAGCAUGAAUUUGUCUGUCUGCUGUUAUGGAGACGCUUCUAUCUAAGCUCCCCGACAAACAUGUCCUCUUCCCGGCCUCCUUUGCUCUCCGACUGGCUUUGGUGGCUUAUGGAGACUACCAGGACAGAACUAUGGCGGUGAAGUACACGGAUAUAGACUACCAUGUGUUCACAGAUGCUGCCAGGUUCAUCACACAGGGCGAGUCUCCGUACAAUAGGUCGACCUACCGCUACACGCCUCUGCUGGCCUGGCUUCUCACCCCAAACAUCUACGCCGGCGUGGUGUUUGGAAAGAUCCUCUUCAUUUUGUGUGACGUGCUGUCAGGACUGCUCAUCUACAGAACUCUGUGUUUGAAAGGUCUAGACUGCAAGACUGCAACCUCUGUGUGUUCUCUUUGGCUUCUUAACCCUCUGCCGAUGGGAGUGUCGAGUCGGGGGAACGCUGAAUCCGUCCUGGCAGCUCUGGUGCUCGGGACUUUGCUUUGUAUGGAAGCCAGGCAUCUGGUGUGGGCAGCCGUGCUCUACGGCCUGUCGGUUCACAUGAAGAUCUAUCCCAUAACGUAUGCCCUGCCCAUUGCUCUGAGCCUGAGAGCGCCGGCAGCGGGCCCAGCGGAAGGCAAACCGACGCAGACGUGGAAGAAGUGUGUCCUAUUUCUCGGAAGCUUCCUGAGCCGCGACCUGAUCCUCUUCGGAAUUGUGGCCGGGGGAGUUUUCUCCGCGUUCACGGCACUCUUCUAUUACAUGUAUGGUUGGUCGUUUCUUCACGAGACGUACUUGUACCACUUGACAAGAAGGGACAUCAAGCACAACUUUUCACCGUACUUCUACAUGCUUUACCUUACUGCAGACAGCCGGGGGAGCCAGUGGCUCGGCCUGGCAGCCUUUCUGCCGCAGCUGGUCCUGCUGUUGGUGGCGUCCUGGAGCUUUCACCAUGACCUGGCGUUUGCCUGUUUCCUCAAUACGGCCAUCUUCGUCUCCUUCAACAAAGUGUGCACUUCACAGUACUUCCUGUGGUACCUGUGCUUGCUGCCCCUGGUCAUCCCACACCUGACUCUGUCAGUGAAACAGGGUCUGGGUCUGCUGCUGCUCUGGUUCGCUGGACAGGCUCUCUGGUUGGCCCCCGCCUACUUUCUGGAGUUUGAAGGCCUCAACACUUUUGUCCUGGUCUGGCUCGCCGGAUUGAUGUUCUUGGUGGUCAACUGUUUCAUCUUGAUUCAAAUCAUAACGCAUUACAAACCCAAACCCCCUUCACAGAGACCGAAGGCCGAGUGACGCUCCAUUGUGUUGAAACAGGAACAUUUAAACUGCAAAAACACAAAAUCUUACCAAGUAUCUUUGGUUCGGAAAUAGCUUGGUACACUUGAAAUAUUUUGAUAGUAUUAUGACUUUAUUCUUGUCUAGUACACCCUGAUACUCUGUCAUCUAUGUACUGUAGAAACUAGACCACAAAUACUUGAUAAAAAUGUAUUUUUUUUUGCACACAUUAAACCAACCAGGACUCAAGCAGAGAAGACGCACCAGUAAAAAAAAAAAAACAUUUGUAUUUUACUCAGUUUCUCUCAGCUGUCUUUUCAUAGACUUCCUUCACUAUAAUCUAAAUCAUGUUGUCGGAGAUCAGUCAUAUAUUGUAUAAAAGCCUCAGCUGGAUUAUCAGUUAUCCUGAGUUAAACCCUUGGAUUACAUGCUUAUGUUGGCAGGCCGAAGCACUUAGAUUCACAGCGAUGCACAGACCGCAAACAAUUACCACUCUGCUGUGUGCGGCCUAUAAAAUCUUUGACGUUUGCCCCCAGAAUAACAAGAAUUAGCAGAUUUUCCUAACCUGUUGUUGGGAGCAAAAUACAGAUUAUAAAUCCAGUGUUGGAGAAUGUCCACGUGUCUUCUUAGAAACUGAGUUUUACACACUCCAGGGCUAAUUUAGAAGCCAGUUUUAUGCUGGAGCUGUUUGACUUUGCGUAGGGCUUAAUGCUGCUGCUCACUUGUAGUUCUUGAACAAGGAAGGGGCGCUGUGCAGACCGGAUUAAGUUCAGGUAAAUCUGAGCUAAAUCGUGUCAUGGUGACCUGGAUUCUGACCUAUAAGUGGUGCUUUGCUUUUCCACAGACUCUUAACAACAUUCAGAUGAUAUUCACCCUGCAAACAAAUAUAAUUCAAGGCAAGGGUCCCAGUUCAUGUCAAAGGGUGGGGAGGUGUUGGAUCAGAACAAGCUUCGCCGCAGCUGCAGUUCACAGUUUUCACCACUAGGCUGAAGCAUUUGCCAGCGAAACGGAGCUUCGGAGCUCAGGCGUUUGUGUAAGCCGCACAGAUUAAUCAGUCAACUGGAGCAUGACUACGACUCAAAACAAACAGUGGUUCCCUUAAUCUCGCCAUACUUUCCCCUCCUAAUCUCACGUGGAAAUCCUCAAAGCGUUCACUUCGGCCCCGCUGAUCCAGAGUGCCGCUGCUGCUGCGGCCCGAGGGCUGACACCAGGAGGAUACAAUGUACGAGAAAAUAAUACGUGUGCCUUGCUUGUCGUCGAUGGCGGGAAAGGGUUGCAUCUGUGGUGUUUUUUCAGAAACGUUUAUCUAAGUGACUUGGUGUGUGUGUGUGUGUGUGUGUGUGUGUGUG